GUUAUUGAAAAGCUAAAACUGAUAGACAGAACCCAGCACAGAGUAACUGAGAGACGGAGGGAACCAAAACACUCAUUUAAAAAACAGGAGACAGGAAUUGAUAUUCCGACCAUGAGAGGAACCAGGAAAUACAAACACGUCAUCGAGACUCCGGAUCCCGGCAAAUGGGAGCUAGCCGGAUAUGAAGAAACUCUUCCCAUCAGUGAGAAGUCUAAUCCUAUAACUCGGGAGCUGGAUAAAGCUGACCCCAUCCAACUGGUCCAACUGCUCAAAGACUGCGAUGCUGAAAUCUUCCAGGAGGAGGAUGACAGUGCAGUCCAUUACCAGAGGCUGUACAGCGAGUCCGUCCUGAGAACGGUGGCAGACAUUGCAAAACGAGUGCGGGAAGUUCUCAAGAAUCCUGAAGAUGGUCUGAUCGUGUUGAGUGGAUGUGGGACUUCCGGAAGAUUGGCCAUGCUGCUUGCGAAUUCUUUCAAUCGUCUGUUAAAAGGUCUUCACAAGACGCCAUGUUACAGCUAUAUUAUAUCAGGAGGGGACCGAUCCAUUGUGAGCUCACAGGAGGCCCCUGAAGAUAAUGCAAUGAUGGGCGAAGAGGAGUUAAAAAAAGUCUGCGAGGGGAAAAGAAAAGUUGUCUAUAUUGGAAUAUCCUGUGGUUUGUCUGCUCCAUUUAUCGCAGGACAACUGGAUUACUGUAUGAGGAAACUAGACGUCUUUCUGCCGGUUUUGGUGGGAUUUAACCCAGUUAACAUGGCAAGGAAUGACAGCAUUGAAGGAUGGCAGUUUACAUUUCGGCAAGUAGCAGAACGAAUGCAGAACUUAAAAGACACACAACAAGCCUUUAUACUCAACCCUGCAGUAGGACCUGAAGGUGUCAGUGGUUCUUCACGAAUGAAAGGUGGAAGUGCUACCAAGAUCCUGCUGGAGACCCUCUUUCUAUUUGCACAUAAAGCAGAGUCUAACGUUGCAGUGACUGAGGGGUGUCUAUUAGAAAUUCUCAGGACAUAUGAGAGAGCUCACAAGGUGACAUAUUCACAGAGUAAGAAGAUAGCAGCCCUGAUGAAACAAUCUGCAGCAAGCCUGCAGAAGAAGUGCCACUUAUACAUUGUUGGCUGGGGUACGUUGGGUGUAAUGGGCAUUAUGGAUGCCGCGGAGUGUGUUCCUACCUUUCACGCAGAGUGGGAUGACGUCCGUUCUUUCAUUAAUGGAGGAUACAAGACUCUGGAGAACAAAGAAGGAGAUAUUGGCUCAACGGGUCCAGAAUUUGCCAUUUCCCAUGAAGAUUUUGUAAAGGGCGUCUUACCAUCUCUUUCAGAGACAGACACGGUUCUCUUUAUAUUCACCCUGGAUGAUGACCUGAGUGAAGUGGAGAAGAUGGUGACACAGGUGAAGGAGAAAACAUCCAACGUUCAUGCCAUUUCCCAUGCCAUAGCUGGGCAGUACAUGCCGAAUUCGACAAAGAAGAUGAUCCCAAAUAUUAUCGGGGUGACAUGGCCAAUCCUUUUCCUCGAGUAUGAAGGAGCAUUUAUUCAGAAGUUCCAGAGGGAACUUAGCACAAAAUGGAUAUUAAACACUGUCACUACUGGAGCCCACGUUCUCAAGGGAAAGAUCUUCAGAAAUUUCAUGGUGGACUUCAAAAUCGGCAGCUCGAAGCUCUUUCAGAGAGCGGUGACUGUUCUCCAGAGGGUAACUGGGCACUCACAGCAGCGCUGCACUGAGGCUCUCCUCCAGUCCAUUUAUGGCACCCAGGCCCUGUGUGACCAAGUGAAGAAUGCAGCCAUUUCAAAGCACGUAGAGGAAGCAGCACUCAAAGACCAGGUUCUCCCUACAGCCAUUAUAAUAUUGCUACGUAACUGCACUCUCCAGGAAUCCAGUGCUCGGUUACAGGUCUCGCCCACAAUACGAGCUGCGAUCGAAUCCUCGCUGAACGUACCUGGGAGGAAGAGGGGUGCGGAGAGCGAAGAGUCAGAGGGACGCAGUCGCUAAGAUCAGUGACUUCUCAUCCUGCUGCCAUAUUGCUGUACUUGACAUGUUUUCUGCGUCUUCCAUUUGUGCUAAAUGUCACUCCAGUUUCUGGAGGCCUAAAACCAGCUUUAAUAUUUUUACUCAGAAUCGUAAAUAUAUUUUAAUAAAUGACCAUUUUG